AUGCCCCCGCCGGCGUCGCCCACCACUAACCGCGUCGCGCUCUACCUCCGCCGCGCCCGCCUCAUCGACUCCCUGCGCGUCCGGCUCCGCUCGUCUUCCCCUUCCUCACCUCCUCCGCUCCCACCCGACGACCCCGUGGUCGCGCUCCACGCCAUCCGCGCGGCGCCCACGCCGUCCUGCGCGCUCUCCCUCUUCCGCGCGCUCCCCUCCCAACCGCCGCCGCCGCUCCCGCUCUACCACGCCCUCGCCUCCCGCCUCGCCUCCCUCGCCGCGCUCCCCGACCUCCGCGCCCACCUCGCCUCUUUCCCGCUCCCUGCUCCGCCACUCGCGCGCCUCCGCCUCCUCGCCGCCGCGGGGGACCGCGCCUCCGCGCUCGAAGCCUUCGGUUCCCUCCCGGCCGCCCCGCGCCGGCCUGCGGAGGCGCACAACGUCGUCAUCGAACUCCACGCGCGGGACGGCGAACAUGACGCCGCCGUCGAGGCGUUCCGCCGCAUGAUCCGCGAGGGCGCGCUCCCGAAUGCACGCACCUACACCGUCGUCAUCGCCCACCUCGCCUCCGCGGGGUUCGUGGACCAGGCGCUCGAGGUGUUCCGCAUCCUGCCGUCGCUGCGCGUGCGGCGGACCACCCGGCAGUACAACGUCCUCGCCGAGGCGCUUGCGUCGGCAGGUAGGUUCGACCAGCUUCGGUGGCUCGUCCGUGAGAUGGCGGCUGUGGACGGCGUCAUGCCCGGGCCUCAGAUGCGCGCUGCCAUCGCCGCCAUGCGGGAGGCUGGCCACAUCGAUGGCACGGAGGAUUUCGUCGAGGAGCUUUCACCCAACGCAAGGAUCGGGUACGCCGUGGACGACGUCGAGGGCGAGGGAGACAGCGAGGCGGAGGACGACGAGGAAGGCGAGGACAAGGGCAGAAGCAACGGAGAAAAGCAGACACUGAAGCCAUGGCUGGACCCACGCGAGCUCGCCAGGGCGUUGGAUGGCUGGGACUCGCGGGAGGUGGCCGAGCUCGAGGACGCUGGGCUCGUCUGGACGCCGCGGCUGGUAUGCAAACUCCUGCGCGCGUUCAAGAAGGCCGAGACGGCGUGGGAGUUCUUCUGCUGGGUGGCGUGCCGCCCCGGCGGGUUCGCGCAUGACCGCGACACUGUGGCGAGAAUGGCCACCAUCCUCGCCCGCACUGGCCACGUCGAGCUGGUGGAGCGCCUGUUCGCCAAGGUGCGCGCUGACGGUAUCCUCCUCCCGCUCUCCACCGUGCGGCUCGUCAUCGACUUCUACGGCCUCUCCAAGAAGGCCGACGCGGCGGUGAGGGUGUUCCGGGAGGCCGAGUCAAUCUGCGGCCCCAUCUCGGGGCCCAACCUCGCGCUGCUCUGCUCGUCUCUGCUGCGGACGAUGACGAAGUGCCGGAGAGGGCCCGACGCCAUGGACCUCCUUGAGGAGAUGAUGGCCCGGGGAGUGCUCCCGGACCUGCAGACCUUCUCCGGCCUGAUGGAGCACCUGGCCAGCGCCGGCGACCUCAAGGGCGUGCACCGGCUGCUCGGGCUGGUGCGGCACUGCGAGCUGCAGCCCGACGGGUACAUGUACAGCGUGCUGGUCAGGGCCUACUGCAAGCGGGAGCGCGCGGCGCUCGCGCUGAGGGUGUUCGACGAAAUGCGCGCCGCCGGGGUCGCCCCCGACGCGCCCACCAAGGCGCUGCUGGUGAAGAGCCUGUGGCGGGAGGGGAAGCUCCGAGAGGCGGCGCUGGUGGAGGAGAGGUGUGAGGAGGUGGUGGGUGGCCUCCCCGAGGCGUCGCCGGGGCACGUGUGGACGGCCAGCGCCGCGGACUUGAAGAAGGUGCUCGACAUUUACUCCGGCUGCCUAGCUCAACCUGCUGCUCAGGCUUCAACGGGGUGA